AUGGCUAAUUACACUGGUGGUCCACGUUAUACACGACCUUUAAUAAAUGAACGUCCAACACCAAGAUUUAAUGUACCAACAAAUCGAAAUAUUCCACGAAAUACUUUAAAUGAUCAAAAAUCUCAAUUAAAUAAACAAAUGAAUAUCUCACAAUCAACUAAACCAGUUAAUGAUACAACAAUAUCAACACCUCCAACUUCAAAUUCGCCUUCUAUACGAAAUCAAACAGUAACAAAUUCAAUCGAUUCAAAUACUGAUUCACCAAAUAAAUCAACAGAAAAUAUAUCUACUGAAGAAAAUUCAUAUAAUUCUUUAGAAUCAUCAAAUACGAAUAUAGAUAAUAAAUUAACAACAAAAACCGAUACAAAACUUUCUGAUGAAGAACAACAACAACGAUCUAUUGGACAAAAACGAUUACGAACUGAAACAAAUAUAUUUGAUUCAACAAUAUCAUUAUCACAACAACAAAUUAAUGAAAAAAAAACAACACAAGGUGGUCGUUGUCGUUUAUUUAUUGGUAAUGUACCAUCAGAUUUAACACAAGAUGAAUUUCAAUUAUUAUUUGGUAAAUAUGGUGAACUUAUUGAAUAUUUUGUUAAUCCAUCACGUGGUUUUGGUUUUAUUAAACUUAGUUCACGUCAAUUAGCUGAACAAGCUAAAUAUGAUCUUGAUGGUUAUGUUUUACGUGGUAAACCAUUACGUAUACGUUUUGCUAGUCAAGGUGCAACAAUUAAAGUUAAAAAUUUAUCAUCAAAUGUAUCAAAUGAAUUACUUAAAGAAGCAUUUGAACAAUAUUUUGGUGCUAUUGAACGUGCUGUUGUUAUUGUUGAUGAUCGAGGAAAAUCAAUUGGUGAAGGUAUAAUUGAAUUUGAAAAAAAACCAUCUGCACAAAAAUGUCUUAAUGAAUGUACAGAACGAUGUUUCUUUAUUACAAGUGAAUUAAGACCUGUCAUUGUUGAACCUUGGGAUAUUAAAGAUGAAGAAGAUGGUUUACCUGAAAAAUCUUUAGUUCGUAAUCCAGCAUAUAUAAAAGAACGAGAAGCAAAACCACGUUUUGCUGAAUUAAAUACAAUUGAACAUACAAUUGGUCUUAAAUGGAAAGAAUUAGAAUUACAAGAAAAACAAUUAUUAGAAGAAGUUAAAAGACGUAUGCAAUAUGCUACAGAACAAGUCAAAAUUGAAAUCGAUCAAAUGUAUUUAGAACAUCAAUCACAAGUAUUACGAGAAGAAUUAUUACGUCGUCAAGAAGAACUUCGUCGAAUAGACGAACUUCGAUCACAGGAAAUAGAUCGUCGUCGUAAUAUAAUACCAAUGCAUCGUCCUGAUGCUUAUCAUAAUCCAUUUAAUGUAUCUACUGGUUCUAUAAGUAAUGUAUUUCAUCAAAAUCAAGUAGCUGCUAAUGCAUUACAAUAUAAUGAUUUUCAACAAAUUUCAUAUACAAAUUCAAGUCCACUUAUGCAACAAACAUCACCUUUAGCAGCUAAUAUUGAUGCUGCUUAUACUACAAAUCAAGUAGCACGUAGUUAUGGAUUAACAACAAAUGUACGUACAACUGGAGGAGAUGAUUUUAUUCAACAACAACAACAACAAGGAUUUGAUAGAAAACGACCGAGAUAUUAA